GCUCCAUUCACAAAAAAACUUUACGCACUUUUAUCUACGUAGCCGAGAUGUAAAGCUGGGGACGUUACUCCACAAAUCACACUCGGGGCUCGAUGGAGUCUGUACAAUCAGCUGUGCAUCAUAUCUUGUUAUGAUAAACAAGUAAUGAACGGCAAAAACACAUAAUUAAACAAUGGAAGGAAUGUUGUAUAAAUGGACCAAUUACAUAAGUGGUUGGCAACCUCGUUGGUUUGUGCUUGAUGGAGGAACUUUGUCUUACUAUGACUCUCAAGAAGAUGCCUGGAAAGGUUGCAAGGGCAGCAUUAAAAUUUCAGUUUGUGAAAUCCAAGUUCAUUCCUCUGACUUUACACGAGUUGACCUGACCAUACCAGGAGAGCAGUACUUUUACCUCAGAGCCAUUAAUGCAGCAGAGAGGCAGAAAUGGCUGGUGGCACUGGGAACAGCCAAAGCUUGCCUUACAGACAACCGAACAAAGAGAGAAAAGGAGCUCCAGGAGAACACAGAGGCAUUGAAAACUAAGAUGUCAGAACUCAGAUUAUACUGUGACCUUCUUCUACAACAAGUAAACAAGAUCAAGGAGAAUGAUGAGCUGGGAGACACAGUGGAGACAGGCAUAGACACUGGAAACAUGGUGAAGUCUACAUGCACCACUUUCCUUAAGACUCUGGAGGAAUGCAUGCAUAUAGCAAAUCGUACUUUCAGUACGGAUAUGGCAACACAGAGUCCACCAGGAUCUCCUCCUGUAGCAGCCAUCAAACCUCAGAAGAUUAAACCUGUCAAUCAUUUAAAUCUGAACCUUGGAGACAAAGAGAGAGAUUUGGCUGAAACCUCAGGAGAAGCAAUUGCAUAUGACAGCCAGAGCCUUGACUCUGGAGCAGAGAGACCAGAUGAGCCAGAUAGACCAGAAUACCAACCUUCCCCAUCAGACAUUGAUGCAGCCAACGGCAACAGCUCAGUCCACGAGGUGCGAGUUGAUGUUACUUUACACACUACCCAGAAUACCUUGGAGAAUGAACACUAUGUCCAACCAGCCGAGAAGGAUGAGGAGAGUGAAGCUGAUGAUCAAAAGGAGACAAAACAAGAGGAGAAGCACAGACUGGACCAAAGUCAAGAGCAUGACAACAACAACAAGGAAGCAAACGCUGUUCAGCCUCAGCACCAACAGGAAGCUAUUCCAGACCAAGAAGAGGAUCAACAGGAAGACGAGACUUCCAGAGAUUCAACAGAGCCAGAAGACAUAGAGCAGGUGGAAACUUUCUUCAGCACAAUGAGUCACAGAUUUAGUGAUAUAAGACUGGACGACGACAAUGGUAUCCCUACUCAAGAGUUUUUGGACUCAUGCUAUGCAAUAGUGCCUGUAUUAGACAAACUGGGGUCCACAGUGUUUGCACCAGUUAAAAUGGAUUUUGUUGGAAAUAUCAAGAAAAUUCACCAGAAGCUGAUGUCAGAACCCGACAGCUUCCCCACACUACAGUCCAUCGUGCUGCAUGAAGUCCAGACAGAUGAUGCCCAGGUGCGCAACUCAGCCACAGAGGCUCUGCUGUGGCUCAGACGAGGCCUGAAGUUCCUCAAAGAGUUUCUGUCAGAGGUCAAUGCAGGACAUCAAGACAUCCAGGGAGCGCUAAAUAAUGCCUAUGGAAAGACCCUUCGGCGGUACCAUGGAUGGGUUGUGCGAGGUGUAUUUGCUUUGGCGCUGAGAGCUGCCCCGUCUUAUCAAAGUUUCAGCGCUGCCUUAGUGUCAAGAGAGGGCGACGAGCUGAAGAGAGGCUUCACCAGCGGCAUGUGCAGGGAUCUUGGAGUGUACCUGCCUGCCAUGGAGAAGCAGCUGGCCAUCCUAGAUGCCCUGUAUGAAGAGUACAACCUGGAAUCGGAUGAAGUGGUGUGAAAUGUAAACAGAGAGAUGAUCCGAGUUCAGGGAAGGGCAGAACCUGACCGCAGGGGCAGAGUGGUGAUUAACUGCUGAAGGAAGGUGCCAGAUGCAUCAGGUGCAUCUUGUGUACAAAAUAGUAUGAGCAUGUCCCGUGUCAGUGUGAGGUGUUUCCAGUGGUUGUUAAACUCUACGACAGUAGAGGGUCUAGGUUUGAAGAAGGUAUUAAUGUCUUUAUUUAGGAGCCCACAGGGGGCAAAGCAAGCACCAACAAUUAAGACAUUAUGGUUUGACAAAAUGUAGUUUCUGGGUCUUGUUUAAAAGGCCUUUGAGUGUAGGGGGUUUAAGCCCUAUUAUGCAGACUCCAUGCAUAAUGAUUCAUGGUGACAUUUGUUUCUGGUGCGCAUUUUGUUUGUAUUGUGGCUUUUUAUGUACAGGACGUGUUAACCACAAAAUAUUUGGCUCUAGUAACUUCCUUGAAUGAUCAUUUGGGAUUGAACUGAUCAGAAUGCAAAGACAUUUUUAAUCAAGAUUGUCCUGUUUCCUUGGAUCCAUGAAACAUGAUGAUACUUGUAACUAACACAAAGCACUAUUUUGACAAAAACAAUGUCAGAUUGUUACAAUGCCCAUUAUACAGUACAUAUGCCUUAAGUAGGUGAUGGUAUUACAUAAUGGGCAGAUUUUUUGUAUAUUAGGUAAAUGUUCUUUCUUGCACUGACUGUUGGAAGUUUAGUGGAAAUUAUAAUCAAUAUUGAUUUUGUUUCUUACCCUGAAACAUUUAUAUAAAUCCUGCAGUUUGACAAUGUUGACAAUUGUUUUACAUCGCUAACAUGUUAUGAGCUGUUGCUCUAGAGACUUUCCAUGGGACCAAAAAGAAGCUGUCAUGUGAAUGGCUUUAGCCAUUGCUGCCUACAGUACCACAACACACAAGAAUGAAAUAAUACAGUGUAGCUGUUAAAGUACUGCUGAUUAUUUAUGUCGCCAUCCUCUGCACAAACCUAUGCAUAGUAUGCAUUUUCAUGUCUAUUUAUUAUGUCUUAAGUUAUAAAAUUCACAUUAAUGUCAUGGGGAUCAUUUCAGUCCAGCUUUUGUGUGAAUGUAUGGACAUUUGUAUCCACAGAGCAUGUUUAUUGAUUGCAUGGUUUUAUGUAUUAAGUAACAUCGGUGCCAAUGGAAAUGGAAUAUAGGUCAAGGCCUUGAAUUAAUCAAGUUAAUAAAUAAUCCUAAAGGGGAUAGAUCGUGAAAGUUAAAAUACAUUGCUUCUCUUUCAUCUCUGUACUGAUAAUGAACCGUAAACUUCAGCAAGUCUACUUUGCAGAUUUCAGCAUUUUUUUCACCAUCUCGUCCAUGCACUGUUCUAAAUGUACUUGAGUGUUGUUACUUAUUAUUUUAUGUCGAUUCAACAAUGAAAAAAUUAGUGGGAAGACCUCCCAGCCAGGUUAAAGUUUGUCCAUAGAUUCACUGAGCCAUUCGAAAGCAGGAACAUCCUCGUAGGGCUUUUUUACCGAGACACACCGUGUAGUAUUCUUAACUUUAUUCUAACUUUUCUUUUGAGUUUUCAUACAUACAGUAAUAAUUCUUGUGUAGUCAUUUGCAGCAGGUUUACAUCAGAUGAUUGAUUUCUUGUUGCAGAUAAAUUCCAAUGUUAAUCUUGAAAAUAUGCUAUUGUAAUAUUACAAACAUUUGAUUUGGUUUUUCUAUGAUUGUAUAUAAGAUGCUAUUUGAUUUUUACAUAAUAAAUAAUUGAGUUGUC